AUGAAAGAACUGUGGUCGGAAGAUUCGACUGACCAAGGUGUCAAUAUGAACUCUUUGAAGUGCACAAUCCAAAAAUUUGCGCCGUGCUUCAUCGGUAAUGCACAGCAAGACGCACAAGAGUUCAUGCGCUCUCUGCUCUUGAGUUUGCACGAGGAUAUCAAUAAGGUCAUCGAGAAGUCCGAUUCUGAGUUCACAGAUAUCGUAGAAAUUGUGGAUGUCAACGAAAAGGCUUUGGAAUCGUGGUCGAGAUUCUUGAAAGUGGAGAAUUCGGAGAUAGUCAAUAAUUUCAAUUUGUCAUUGCCAAUACCACAGCGAACGCGCCAACUAAGUUUGUUCCAGUGCUUGGACUCAUUUACCAGAGAGGAGUCAUUGGAUGGCGAAGACAAGCCUACUUGCUCCAAAUGCAAGGAAAGGCGAAAGUGUACAAAGUCAUUAUCUAUCCAGAGGUUUCCUGAAAUUCUUGUCUUCCAUCUGAAACGUUUCUCGCUGGAUCUGUUCGUAGAAAAACUGAACGUCACAGUUGAUUUCCCUUUAGAAAAACUGGAUAUGAGCUAUUACGCAGCUGAUGGAAGUGUACCGUUCCACUACGAUCUAUAUGCUAUUUCAAACCAUAGCGGUACCAUCAACAGUGAAAUGUUUGCUUUGGCGGCUUUAGCUGGUAUUAGGACUGACACUCUGCUUCGGCCUCCAAGGAGAUAUGCUUCUGAUGAGUACUCUGCAAAGAGGCAGGAAACGAGCGGCUGCCAGACUUCGUUGGGUAAGAUAGAAGGGUUAGCAUAUGAAAAGUUUGUUAGGCCACCUUCUGUUAGUUCUGACCUGACAGAUGAUGGUUGGACUAAAGAAGCAAAUUCAAGUGAUUCUGGAUGGGAUGACACUUCUUGUCAUAUUCAAGCCAGUGGGAGUGAAGAGAGGGCAGGGAAUGUACAUGAUCCAGAUGUUUCUCUGGUAGAGAAUAUGAAUCCUGCAGAUGUUACCCUGGUAGAGACCCUACCUGUUGUAGUUCAAUCCAACCAGAUUUCAGAUAUAAUGAAAAUGAUUGUUGAUUUAAAGAGUAUCUGCCAAAUAACAUUAAAUAAAGUUAAUGCAAUAGUGGAACAAUCAUUGGAUAGACAAAGAAAUGUUAGUGUAUCAGAUGAAAUGAUAAAAUCAUUCCUACCAUUGAUCACAAUGGACAGCCUGCUCAAUUUUGAGGACCUUCUGAAAACCAAUGAUAUUGCUGCCACUCAGUUUAUGAAUAAACUGUUCCUUGUGGGGGGUUCCGAUUAUAAAAAUUCAAUAAGAAGGUGCCUGCAGCAGAUUUUUGAUGAUGACCUUGCCCAAAACUGUUCCUGGACAGGGCAGAAACAAAAUUUCAAAAUAUCAGAUAUGAAAAUCAUCGAUAUCUUCAAACACUCUUCAGACAAAGUUUCUUCAGAUGUCGACUUGGAUGUUGAUCAUGAUUCAGACAAUAAUUUAUGGUGGAACAAGGAAGUACCAGCACAAAACACUUGUGAUGCUACUUCCUCAACAAAUGAAAGAGUGUUGGGGUAG